GUAGUCAAUUUGACCUUAGACACUGAACAGCGUAGCGCCGGCUAGUCAGCUAUAGAGCUUCAAAUGCAAACCGGCCGCAUCUUAAACUAAACAAUAGCAGGCCGCAGUUUGUUUUCCUCUCAAGCUCUUCUUUGUAUGACCUGCUAGCUCAGCGAGCUACCUUAGAGCUAACUGCAAAAAAAAAAAAAAAGUGUCACUGUAUACAGGACAUGGACAGAGCAAGGUGGGAACUGAGGACAUAGAAAGUUCAGGUGGAGCAAUAAGGAGCAUCGAGGGGCCCAUGUCCGCUUCACCACCGCUCCCAAUCCGCGCCCCUCGCUGUGGAGAACACGUCGCCAUGGCGAGGAUGGUGAAGAUGGAGCUGCUGAGGGCACUGGUCAGCGAGCGCUUGGCUGCGGCUGCCGAGGAGAUCUUCGGGAUUGUAGAGAGAGCCUUUGUAGAAUAUGAAAAUGAAAUGUCCUGUUCGACGUGGGUAGUGGACAGCCACCGCAGACUGCUGGAUGUUGCCCAGUCACAUGGUGAAGACUCUCUCAAAAUGUCCGUCAAAGAUGUGACGUCGCCGUGCGUCCAGCAGCAUCCUGCUGCCAGCGUGGAAGUCAGUUUGUGCUGGGAGGAGCCAGGAAACGCCACGUCAGAGCCAGCAGAGGACUUUCCCGACAUGAACCAAACUCGUCCAGACUCCUCUCUUGCCAGUGAAAAUGAUCCGGAGAUACUGAUCAAUAUGGAAGAUGACGGUGUGAAGCCGGAGUUUGACCCGAACACGCCUUUGAAAAUCCUCGAGGUAAAGAAACCAUUCCAGUGUCCCGUUUGCUUAAACGUUUUUUCUUCCAAAGAGACAAUGGUGCGACACAACAAAAAGCAUUCGGAGGACAAUUCGAUGCUUUACCGUUGCCAGUUCUGCGACCUGUGCUUCUGCCGCAUCUCUGAAUUCAUCGUUCACACCAGAACACACAAAGGCGCCAAACCAUACAAGUGCAGAUACUGUGAGAAGGGUUUUGAUGAAAGGGACAGUCUGCUUAUUCACCAACAAAAACACUCUGAGGAGAAACCAUAUCGGUGUUUUAGUGAAACGGUGGAGGCAGAACCUCACCUCAGAUCAGUGACGCCUGCCGGUAAGACUGAAAUAGAGCUGGACUGCAGACAGGAUGAAUCUGUCAGUCAGACAUUUCCACUAACCAUCACGCCCUAUGAUAAAAGUGAGUUUUAUCAGGAGUCUCUACAGCCCCUGUGUCUAUACCAAAUCCAGACUGUUGCUGAUAUAGAUAAAGACUCCUCAGCUGCAGUUACAGAAAUUAAAACCGAGCCAGUUGGAGCUGAUAGUGGAGUGUCAGACGGUACCACAGAUGACCAGCUGGUCCUUUCAGGGCACACAAGUGAACAGGGCAAAAGUGAGACCGAGCCCAAGCGUCUCGACGUAAAAAAUAUCCUGCCGAGAAGACCUUCAGGAAAACCCCCCGAGCCAAUGGUCCAGUUUGAAGCAGGAACGGCGCAGAAACCCUUCAAGUGUCCUCGUUGCUCCAAAUGUUUCUCCUUGACUAAGACUUUAAUAAGACACGUACGUAUCCACACAGAGGACAAACCGUACCAGUGCAAGUUUUGUGGGAGGAACUUCUGUCAGAAGUCGGACCUGGUCAAUCACACCAGGAUACACACAGGAGAGAGACCGUACCAGUGUCAAGAGUGUCGCAAAUCAUUCACGCAGAAAGGCAACCUGGUGGUGCACAUGAGGAAACAUCAGAGAGAGAAACCGUAUCAGUGCCAGGAGUGCAGCUGUAGCUUUACCAAGAGGUCAUAUUUUGACUGUCACAUGCAGAGCCACAGAUAGUUUAAGGGGUGUAAACAGCUUCGUCCUCAGGCUGGGUCUCAGACCUCAAUACUUUGGGAGAUGUGUUUGUAGCAAAUCAACUCCAGUACCGACAGCUGGAAUUGAGUGUCUUGGUCAGACUCCUAAUCUUGUUUACCUAUUCUUUGAUCGCAUAGUUUGGAUGGAAAUCAAAAGUUUGCCACAUGACAAAACAAAACUCUGCCAAGAAGUUCAUUGUUAAAAUACUCUCCCGUCCUCUAGUUUCACAUUUUUGCCCCUUUUUCUGGUGUGAUGCGAUGCGACGUGUAUGGAGAUGAAUAAAUAAUUAACUAGAAAGGUGCACUCAGUGGACCUACGCCACUGCUGUAAACGCAAAAAGAAGCAACGUUUGCAGGCAAUCGGCUCAACGUCAUCGUGUACGAUAUGCCAUUCAAUCUGAAAACAAAAAUCAAACUCGCCAAGCUGUAUGGCCACUUAGCAGCGGCGAGGUACAGCAGUGUGUGUAAAAUCUCAAACUAAACUCUGGCUUCUUUGAUUAAAUGAACACUGUUGUAUCAACACUGUAUUUCUAACCAAACCAACCCUAUGGUUUGACAUUGGGGGUGCUCUUAAUUUUAAAAUAUGGUUCACAAGACUUUACCAUCGUCACUUUCUACAUACAGUACUGUCCUUAAAGUCACGUCUAAGCGUAAAACACAACUGUGAUUACUGACAGUGAAUCUAAUAAAUGUAUUAGCAGCAGCUGACUGGGAGGGUCUGUGGUGGUGGGAAAUGUGAUUUCAGAUUACAUUACAGUCAUUUAGCAGACGCUUUUAUCCAAAGCGACUUACAGUCAGUAGUAUAUUACAUAUCAUUCACCCAUUCACACACUGAUGACAGGCUACCAUGCAAGGUGCCACCAUCAGACUCUAACUAACAUUCAUACAACAUCCAGUCCACACCGAUGGCAAGCCUUCGGGAGCAACUUGGGGUUAAGUGUCUGAAGCCGGGUAUCGAACUACCGACCUUCUGAUUGGAGAACUACCUUGCUCUCCACUACGCCAUAGCCGCCCUCAGAUAAAAUGAUGGUGGAGAUUUUGGUUGCCAAAUAGAAACCAGUGUUAUUAUAAGGUUUUACAAUUGUUUGGCUGUGUUUUGUAAUCAUUUCACUUUGUGAGAAUGAUGUGUUUUUACAU